CCCAGGAGAUGCUGGGUACAGCUACCGGCCAGGGGAAGAGCGACAUCACCGACGACCAGUUGGCGCGUCGGCUGAGCAACGCCAUGAAGGAUGAGUUGGCUGAGUCUAUGGCCGCCUGCACCAGGGCCGCCACUGAUGACAUUGCUCGCCAGCUCUGCCGGGAUAUCCUUACGGAUCAAGUGCUCAGCACGGCGGACAACCGCACCAAGCACAGCAAGGGCGACAAGAACCAGGCCUUAAAGGAAGCUGGGAAAGCUGCCGCCACGGAUGUGGUCAAAGACUGCCAGGGGACUCGCGAGGAGUGCCUCACGCGUCUCAGGGAGAAAGCCGCCGAGUCCAUGGGCCGACGCCCCGAGGAUUUGACCGAAGUGGAGGUGGAAAGGCUUAACGAGGAAGGCUCCAAGGAAGCGGCCAAAGAGUCCAUCAAAUCCUGCACCAGUGCCAAGAAGGACAAUGCUCAGGCAACCUGCGGCGAUGCCUUGGCAGUCUACGCCGCGGGCCGCGGCAAGGGGGACUUGGACGCCUUGGAGCAGCGCCGAGUGAAGCAGGAGCUGGCCGAGGACUUGGAGAAUUCCACUCGAGGCGUCUUCACAGUGGUUCCUUCAAGGUAA